CUGUCCCCUCCUAUCUACCUGUCUGUCUGUCUGUCUGUCCCCUCCUAUCUACCUGUCUGUCUCACUGAGGUCUCUCUACCACCCUAUUUUCCUGCUGAUCAUUAUUAUUAUUAUUAUUAUUAUUAUUAUUGUAUCAGUUCGGGAUAAAUCUCCUUCAUUCCCUUCUCUCACCGGGGCCACGGUGCACUCUGGGUGGAAACAAGAUGCGGGCAGUGUCGCGCUAGUGGAAAAUGCUCGCAGCACGCGGGAGGAGGCCACGGAACAGCCAAUCAGAUCGUCAAUGCAGUGCAAGGGGGGCGCGGUCGGUCAAAACGUGGCAUGUAAUUAACCGGUAAGCGCAUAUGAGAGAAGAACGGUCGGAACACACAGAAACGACGCACAAAACACGCUCACACAACUGUGGUGAGAAAGACAGACGUCCAGAGAGAACUGCGUUGUUAAACGCGUUUACUGGCAACAGCAGCAAGAGGUCACCAUGACCGACAGGAAGGCGGUCAUAAAGAAUGCGGACAUGACAGAGGACAUGCAGCAGGAUGCUGUGGACUGUGCUACUCAGGCCAUGGAGAAAUACAACAUUGAGAAGGACAUCGCUGCUUACAUCAAAAAGGAGUUUGACAAGAAGUACAACCCCACGUGGCAUUGCAUUGUGGGUAGAAACUUUGGCAGCUACGUGACACAUGAAACCAAACACUUCAUCUAUUUCUACCUGGGCCAGGUGGCUAUCCUGCUCUUCAAGUCUGGUUGAGCCCCUAACCCCUACACCCUAACCCCUACACCCUAACCCCUACACCCUAACCCCCUACCUCUGGGCCAGGUGGCUAUCCUGCUCUUCAAGUCUGGUUGAGCCCCUAACCCCUACACCCUAACCCCUACACUAACCCCUACAC